AUGGGGGCUACGGAAGAGCAGCUCGUGGAGCUCAGAUCGCUCCACGCAGAGCUGGAAUACCUGCAGGGCGAGAAGCCUCAGGACAAGCGCUGCGACGAGCUGGCCGACUUGAUGGAACUCGCCAUGCCUGGCCUUUUCUUCGAUGGCGAGCUGGACACAGGCUCUCACGAGGCGCCCCCUGCCGCGCCCGAGGCGCCCCCACGAGACGCACAAGACAAAAGCUCCUGUGCUUUCGGCGGAGUACAGGUGGCCAUGCGGAGGCCUGCUGCUGCAGACGUGCGCACGGAGCUCGAACGUGAAGACUGGCAGUGGCGCCAGGGAGUGGGCAGCAUGGGUUUCUCGUUGGAUUGGCAGUGGGUUCAGGCACUCUCCUUGAAAGGCGAGGCGCAAAUCGCGAUCCUGAUGGCGGGUACCGAGACCAGGUACGUCGUAGGCCUCGCCACCACGAAGUUGCGAAAGAUCGGCGUCCAGGGCUGGGUGGCCGUAAUACCUCAGCUGUGCAGCCCGUGGAACGGGCUGGGCCGCGCGCGGGCGAAUCGGCGGCGGCUCGGCCGAGAGCGGGCGGGGCCGCAGGACGGCCGUG